GAUCCUCAACAUGGUGUCUGGGAAGCGCAUCGCCGACUUCGGCUACAGGACGUUUACUGCCUCGAUGAUGCUGCUGUCGGUGUACGGAGGCUACAUGUGUGUGAUGCGAGGGUACCGCUUCGUGCAGAAGCAAAAGCAGCUGAAACUGGCAGCAGAAAACCAGGAGGCUCUCCUCAAUGAGUGACAUGAUUCUUGUUUUUGCACAUGUGGACAUUUCCAAUUCCUCCCUUUUCUUUUGGUCCGUCGCUAAAUCAUGAAGAUGUUCAUUCUUCUCAGGACAUUAAAGUGAUUUGUUGUGUGGGUAUUGUGCCCUCUCAAGCAAGAUGUUGUUUAUAAAAAUGUCAUCAAGCAAGAAUAUAUUGCUUCAAAGGCUUCUGUAAAAUCCAUGUUGUGAGUGUAUCAGAAAAGAGGAUGGCUACAAUUGUUUGUAUUGUAAUAUAUUAAAUGCUUUAACCACACAAA